UUGUAGUACAGUGUGUCCUCACCGCUGCUGCAUCAGUUGUUUACUGCUUCCAAGCCACAAAACCUUCAACAAAAAGCAUAACACAACCAAACUGGAAGUGCAGAAAGCACUUAAAACGCUCAUGAGGACUUUAUUUCAUGUGUCCAGAGGCCGUUUUGUGACCGAUAUUAGCAGUCGGUGGGGGGGUGGAGGGGGGGUUGUGUGAUGUCGCUGCUGAGCACUGCACGCCUCCUCGGACGAGGGAAAACUUUCCUCCGUUAUCCGGUUAAGAGGAUUUCCGUGAGCAUGUCGUCAUCCUCCGGUAAGAGACGACUUCGUGUCCUGGUGGACAUGGACGGAGUCAUCGCGGACUUCGAAGGUGGCUUCCUGAAGAAGUACCGGGCCCGGUACCCGGAGGCGCCCUUCAUCUCUCUGGACCAGCGGAGGGGGUUCUGGGUGUCGACGCAGUACGGACAGCUGAGGAGCGACCUGUGUGAGAAAGCCAUCAGUAUCUGGGAGUCCAAAGACUUCUUCAUGGACUUGGAGCCGCUGCCAGGAGGCGUGGAGGCGGUCCGGGAGAUGGCCAAGAUGGAUGACACGGACGUCUUUAUCUGCACCAGCCCUAUCAAACAUUACAAGCACUGCCCGUACGAGAAGUAUGCCUGGGUCGAGAAGCAUCUUGGUCAUGACUUUCUGGAGCAGGUCAUCCUGACCCGAGACAAGACGCUAAUCACCGGUGACAUCCUCAUCGAUGACAAGCCGGACAUCAUCGGCGUGGAGUCCCAGCCCACGUGGGAGCACAUCCUGUUCACCGCCUGCCACAACAAGCACCUGGUGGUGGAGCCGUCCCAGCGGCGGCUCCUGUCCUGGACCGAUGACUGGAGGGCCAUCCUGGACAGCAAGAGGCAGUGAACCCCCCCACCACCACCGGAAACCCCCUACCUGGGGCAAAAAAAAGGCCUCCCAACAAGCUCAGAGAUUUCAAACUUUUUCCACCAAAAAAGGAAGGUACGAGUUGUUAAGAGAGGACAUUCAUGAGUUUGACCACAAGGUGGCACUGUGAGACUGAAGAUGACAACCUCUGCAGUUCGAAACAGUGACAGGCUGUCUUUAUUCCCUCUGAAGGCUCCUCCAGUCACUUUUUGUUUUCUCUCUGUGUUAAACGAAGAGGUUCGUCUGUGGCCUUCAUCACCCGUCGGUCAUUUUACAGUGAGUCAGCGGGGCCGUGAUUCACUCCACAGCAACAACACAAAAACUCACUCAGACGUAUUCACUGGUGACUAUGUGCAAUACAUAAACACAAAAAAAAACAAACAAAAAAAACAGCCUGCCGUGUCAGGUUUAUCCAUGUACCAGAGUACUGUUGGGGCAUAUUUACAUACAGGGCUGGAGUUGUAUCCAGCCGGAGCCGUAUUGAUGCCGUUUACACCACACAUCACUCAGAUCUAUGCAUUUUAUCAAAAAAAAAACAAACAAAACAAAACACACUUUUCCAUGAACACAUGCAUGUUGCCAAAAACA